AUGGCGAGACGGGCAGUCUCGGCUUGGGCAAAUGUUCCUCAAGGCCCACCUGACCCCAUUCUCGGUGUCACUGAAAAGUUCAAGGCUGAUCCCAGUCCGAACAAGAUCAACCUCGGUGUCGGCGCUUACCGAGAUGGAAAGGGAAAUCCAUUUGUCCUACCUUCCGUCAAGAAGGCCGAGAAGCAGCUCGUGAGAGCCGGCGCGAAUCACGAGUACCUACCCAUUACGGGUCUCGCCUCUUUCAACAAGCUCGCUGCUGAGCUUGCUUACGGGAAAGACUCCGCACCCCUGAAAGAGGGCCGACUUGCUAUCACCCAGUCCAUCUCUGGAACUGGAGCUCUGAGGAUCGCCGCUGCGUUUUUGGGCCGAUUCUACCCUGAAUCAAAGACAAUCUAUGUCCCUACACCAACAUGGGGAAACCACAUUCCUCUGGCGAAAGACUCGGGUCUCGAGGUCAAGCACUACAAGUACUUCGACAAGAGUACUGUUGGCCUCGACUUUGAGGGAAUGAAGGCAGACAUCGAGGCUGCUCCCGAGGGCUCGAUCAUCAUGCUCCACGCUUGUGCUCACAACCCCACCGGUGUGGACCCCACCGAGUCUCAAUGGAAGGAACUGAGCGAAAUCAUCAAGCAGAAGAAGCACUUCCCCUUCUUUGACAUGGCAUACCAAGGUUUUGCCUCUGGAGACAUUGUCAAGGAUGCCUUUGCCGUCAGAUACUUUGUCGAGCAGGGACAUCAACUUCUUCUGUGCCAAUCUUUCGCCAAGAACCUUGGUCUGUACGGUGAACGUGUCGGAGCUGUCUCGUUCGUCUGUGCCGAUAAGGAGGAGAAGGCUCGUGUCGACUCGCAACUAAAGAUCAUCAUCCGACCCAUGUACUCCAACCCUCCCAUCCACGGAGCGCGAAUCGUCAGCGCCAUCCUGGGUGACGAGAAACUGUACAAUGACUGGCUCUCUGAGGUCAAGAAAAUGGCCGACCGAAUUAUCAGCAUGAGAGAAAAGCUGUACACGAAUCUCGUCAAGCUCAACACCCCUGGAGAAUGGGGUCACAUUAAGUCUCAGAUCGGCAUGUUCUCCUUCACCGGCUUGACCCCUGAGCAAGUUGACAAGCUCGCGGAGAAGGCGUCGAUCUACAUGACUCGAGAUGGACGUAUAUCCAUGGCCGCUUUGAACAAGAAAAACAUUGACUACUUCGCAAAGGCUGUUUCUCAAGCUGUCAAGGGGGAGUUGUAA